CUUCUUUUUAGCAAUUAUGAGCUUAAAAAUAUUUGGAAUGGCAAUAAAACAGGUCUUUUCUGGAAAAUAGAACCAACUCGUGUUUUGGCUUGUUCUUGGCUUUCUGGUCAUAAAAAAGAAAAUCAGGUAAAAGAACUUCUUGAGUAUAAUGUUUAUAAUGCAAUUUUAAAUGCCACAGAAGCUUGGUCAAUGAUAAAAACUGGAAUUCUCCCACCACAUGAAAUAGUAAAUAGAUAUGAUAUUUUUGUUAAUAUCGAAUAUAGAGAGCUAGAUGAAUUAGAAAAUCUUCUUACCAAAUUACUAGGUGAUGACAAUCUUAGUGCCUUCGAAUAUAUUAGUAUCAAAGAAAAUGAAGUUGAAAGUGAACUUACAGAUGAUGAAAUCUUAGCAGCUGUUGCUGAAAAUAAAGAGGAAAUUGUAUCUGAAGUUUGUAAAACUAACAUAUUAGAAAAAGUUGGUUGUAGUAAAGCAGAAAAGGCUAUUAAUACAAUUUUAAGAUUUUUAUAUGAACAGAAAGAUGGAUUUGGUGAAAUUGAAGAUGACGCUAAAGUUUUAAGAAGAUUACAUAAACGUGUAAGAGUACUUUAUGUUAAAAACCUUAAGCAA